AUGUCUAUGUCCAAAGUUGCACUGGUCACCGCUGCAAGCAGUGGUCUCGGUGCAGCUAUUGCUCGCAUGCUAGCCGUCGACCUAGGAAUGAACGUCGUGAUCAACUUCAACAGCAACGAAUCUCGCGCCAAAGAACUAGUCCGAAGGCUACAAUCCGAAUGCGAAGAAACGCACGCAGGCUCAAACAUCUCCAUACAGGCCAUUCAAGCAGAUACGUGUGACAAGCUGCAGAUCAAAUCACUUGUGAACGAGGCAGCAUCGAAGUUUGGGGGUCGUCUAGAUGUUGUUAUAUCCAAUGUUGGUUGGACAAGGAUGCGCCAGUUCUCGGACCUUGACGAUAACGUUGACGAGGACGACUGGGACCGCUGCUAUGUUGCCAAUGUGAAGAGUCACCUGUGGCUUUUUCAUGCGGCGAGGCGGUAUCUCGAGGAAAGCAACGAGCGAGAAGCUGGAGUGCCCGUUUUUGUGUCUACAGCUAGCUUGGCAGGGGUGAUUCCCAGCGGAAGUAGUUUGCCGUAUGCUGUUACAAAAGCUGCCCAGAUCCACCUCGGCAAAUGUCUUGCCACAAUAGCUGCGCCGUCAAUCAGGGUGAACACCAUUUCUCCAGGCAUAUUACUUACGGAAUGGGGUUUAUCUUUUCCCGCAGAUCGACUUGAAGUUGCUCGUAACACGAAUAAGUUGGGGCGUUUUGCGGCGGUUGAAGAUGUUUCAGAGCAAGUCAAAGCUUUUGUCGUGUCGAAGUCAAUAGAACUAGCAAUAGUUAAUGCCUGUGCUCGACUCAUAGCCUGGGUGGAGGAAGCAAUGAAACUUAGCAUCCCCAUCCCAAGUCACGAAAGGGGUUACUUUGUCUUAACGAUCAUGGCUCGAACACAUCUCAAACGACCUGCCUCCGCCAACUCAACAAACAAAGCCACCAAUGGCUCACUCCCUGAUGUCCCCAGGAUAGUCAAGGAAGUAAUUGAUAGCAUUCGGCGAGAAGGCGAUGCCGCAGUCCAGCGUUACAGUGAACAAUUCGACAACUGGUCUCCUUCCAACUUUAAGCUCUGUAAGGAGGACAUCGACCAAGUUAUGGCGCAAGUCCCGGAGCAGGUGAUCAACGAUAUCAAGACUGUCCAGUCCAACGUUCGAAAGUUUGCUGAGGCCCAGUUGAACUCGAUCCAAGAGUUUGAGCUAGAGAUGGCACCGGGGGUGUUUCUUGGUCAGAAGAAUAACCCAAUUGAUUCCGUUGGAGCAUACAUCCCAGGAGGGAGGUACCCCUUGUUGGCUUCUGCACACAUGACUAUCUUGACAGCUAAAGUAGCAGGAGUCAGAAAUGUAGUAGCCUGUACGCCCCCUGCGGCAGGUGAGAUCCCCCUGGCCACAGUUGCGGCCAUGCAUCUCGCAGGGGCAGAUGAGAUAUUCAUCCUUGGUGGCAUUCAAGCCAUUGCAGCAAUGGCAAUCGGGACCGAAACCGUACCCAAGGUGGACUUCAUUGCAGGUCCAGGGAAUGCUUUUGUUGCCGAGGCAAAAAGACAGUUGUUUGGUCAGAUUGGAAUCGACCUCUUUGCCGGCCCAACAGAGGUUUUGAUCGUAGCAGAUGAAACAGCAGAUCCUUACAUGAUUGCCACCGAUCUUCUAUCUCAGGCUGAGCAUGGACCGGAUACACCUGCUGUCUUGAUCUGCACGUCAGCUGAAGUUGCCAAGAGAGCCAUUGAAUACUGCGAUGAGCAGCUGGAGACGCUUAAGACAGCUGCAGUAGCUAGUGUCUCAUGGCGUGACUAUGGGGAGGUCAUUCUUGCUGAUACGGUUGAUGAGGCCUACCAGAUUGCCGACGAGUUUGCUUCCGAGCAUGUACAAAUUCUCACAGAGAACCCCAGAGACGCUCUAACCAAGAUGCAACAUUACGGAGCCCUUUUCCUUGGCCCCAUGACCUGCGUUUCUUUUGGUGAUAAGUGUAUUGGUACGAAUCACGUUCUGCCUACAAAACACGCGUCAAGGUACACUGGCGGUUUAUGGGUGGGAAAAUUCCUCCGCACUGUCACCUAUCAGGAAGUCAAAUCUGCUCAGGCAAGCGGUGAACUUGGUCAGCUUUGUGGAAGGGCUGCCAGGGUGGAACUUUUUGAGGGUCACGCGAGGUCUGGAGACAUCCGUGCACAUCGAUACGUCGGGGACAAGUUUGAGUGGAUAAAGCCCUAA